AUGGAUCAAGCAGACAUCCCCGCGCUGCUGGCGCGAAUGGCGAGUGAUGAAGAUGCUUCGCGCAAGAUGGCAGUAUUUAAACUGCAAAACUCGAUUAAUGAUCCAGCAUUUGCCGAUGUUUUCAUAUCAUCGGGCGGUCUAGUCGUCCUCCGUCGACUCAUCAUGACAUCUGCUGGCAACACACUCGCAUACUCUCUUCAAAGUCUUACCCGAUUGCUGGAAGUCGAUAUGGGAUGGGAUAUCUUUGAGGGCCCAACUGCAAGCGAUCUCGUCGAGCGUGUCGUCGAAUUGAUCGUUACAAACCCUCUUGUCAACAUCCUCAGAGGAGCCAUGUCUAUCUUGGUCGCACUCGUUGGCCAUUCCCAGUCUACCAACCAAAGUGAUGUCGCGAACCGAACACCAGGAACCUUUGGCUUCCGCGCCCUGAAACCUGCCGUGGCUGUGCACCCGAACUUUUUCGAGCUGGUUAUACAGCAGCUGCAGAGCGCAGAUCAUGCCCUGUGUGCCAAUGCACUGAUGUUGAUCAACGCCCUGAUCCGAGACGCCGUAUCGGGCGAGAGUACAACAAAUGGUGGAAAGGCCAACGCGGGUUCAGGAGAGGACUGGGCCAAGUUCAUCAAGCGGUUACAAGACUUGGGGCUGAUUAAGGCAGUUCACAGGCUCAUGCAAAGUUCUGCGCUUCAGGACCUGGCACAUCCCAUGCUGGAGUUUCAAACACUGACCAAGAUUCUUUUGAGGAAGUGGCGCGAAGUCGAUGUUGAUCUCGAGCGACCCGAGCACCGAAGGGCUCUCAAGGGACUUCAUCUGGCGAGUGCACCGGAGCGAGCUCACGUAAACGGACAUUCCCCGGGACAAGAGUCGCACGAGGCCCCAGGGAAGAAGGGCAGCCGGCGGCACAAUCCAGAAAAAUGGAGGAGACUGGGAUUCGAGACGGAGAGUCCGGCACAGGAGUUCGAUAUGACUGGCUUCUUGGGUAUGAUGGACCUGAGCGACUAUGUCCGCAGGAAUGAGGAUGGAUUUCAGAAGCUGCUGCUCGAACAGGCAGGGAAGCCUACACCUGAGCGCUGCCCCGUGGCCAGGGCCAGUUUCGCUGUGACAAUGAUACUGUACGACCACUUCGACGUGGACAAGACGGAUCUGGAUGAUGUCAGGGGCUACCAGUUAUUGGAGGCCAAAGAUCACGACAGAUUAUUCAGACCCCUACUCCUCCAGUGGUCUCGGCUACACACUGCCGGCUUGUAUACCUUUUUCCGUGUCUGGAAACUCACUGGCGCGGAACAGGGUGACUUUGAAAAGGUGGUCGAGCUGGUUAGAAUUUUGAUCGACUGCGUUGUCGGAGGAGCUACAAGGACCAAGGAUGUGGCCGAGGUGGAAGAAGAGAUGCAGGAGUACGACGUACCGCGACUGCGAGAGCAGCAAAUGUGCCUGUUGGAAAUGUCGUUUGAGAGCACAUGGGGUCAGCACCUACAACAAGUGAGGGAAGAGCUGAAACAAGAGGCUCUGCAAUUCGUCAAGGAGCAGCGAAUUCGAUGCCUCCUACAAGGAUCUUGGUUCUCAAAGCCGGCACCUAAGCGAGACAAUGGGGCAGUGAAGCACAGACUAUUCACACCUACCCCUUGGCGAUAUGCAAAACUCUCUCAUAACCGACGGUAUCUACACUACGCCGACUUCGAGGAAAGGACAGUAACGGCGCCCGGCUUGGAUUCAUUGGGUGAAAAGGUCGAUCUCAGUACUAUCAGCUCUGUUGUGUCCAAUGUUUCGGCGCCCAACGAAGACACCCGGAGCACCAUGAGUGAUUUGAUGGGCAAGGAUGCAACUCCCAAGACAACAACCAAGAUCACCGUCUACAGUUUCGUAAACGCAACGGAAGCGGCAAGGGGAACGGAUAGCAAGGAGCAGCCCAUCUUUACUUUGUGGCCACUGAGCCACAGCCUGGCCUCGGAAUGGCUGGACGGACUCUUGAUGCUACUGAACCAAGCACCCAUAACGGCGGAGACCAACAAGCUUGUGAAUCUGGUGAGCGAGUACGGGCUCAAGAUCCGACUAUUGAACGUCCGAAUGGACACAGCAUUUGAGGGCCCGGAGCCCGGGGCUGGAGUGAUACCGAGCCGGGAAGGUCUUGAUGAGGAUUACUUUUUUGAAGUGUGA